UGUGCUCUGUUUUGGUUUGGAAAUAUCUAUAUAAAGGGGGCAUUUUAAACUUUUUUAAACAGUUUUGUAAGUUUCGUGAAAAAGAUAAAGGUGAUAAUAACAAAAUCAAGUGUUUGGUAAUUCGCGCCGUUGUUCCCGCUGGAAAAGUAGGCUGGGGAAGUGUAAAAAACUUGGAGAACCGUAGUGCGAAAAGAUUCUCAAACCCAGAAUUCGAAACCACGUAUAAGGAUUCAUAAUCUUUUUACAACAGUACCGCGAUCCGAUAGUCACGGAAAGAAAACCCACGGAGACCGGAAAGUUUUUAGUUCAAAAACCAAAAGUUGAACAGUGCGGACGGUGGUGUUUUCGCAUUUAAAAUCCCCAAAUCAAAUUAAGUGCUAAUCGAUCGACCGCAGCUCAACCAUGGAUUUGGGCGAAUGUUACGACCACGUGCUGGCCCUGGUUGGAAGUGCAGGAAGCCUGAUCGCGGCACGGAACUCCGAGCGCAAACGGGUGGUCGAAAAGUCCAGCAACAUCGAUCUGCUUACCGAAACUGACCAGCAGGUUGAGCGGAUGCUGAUGGAUGGUAUCAAGGCCAAAUACCCGGACCACAGAUUCAUCGGAGAGGAGGAAACGAGCGAGGGGAAGAAGGCCGAACUAACUGAUGCACCGACCUGGAUCAUCGAUCCGGUCGACGGAACGAUGAACUUUGUACACAGCUUCCCACAUUCCUGUAUCUCGAUCGCGCUGCUGGUGGAGAAACGGGCCGAGAUUGCCAUCAUCUACAAUCCCAUCGUUGGCCAAAAGUUUACGGCACGCCGUGGUGCCGGAGCAUUUCUCAACGAACAACCGAUCCGGGUGUCCGGCGAAACGCGGCUAGCGUACGCACUGGCAACCACCGAGUUUGGGACGAGUCGUGAAGAGGAGAAGACGACCGUGGUGCUGGAGAACAUUGGCAAACUUAUCCGGAAGGUGCACGGCAUGCGAAGUCUUGGAUCGGCCGCACUUAACAUGGCCAUGGUGGCGCUCGGUGGAGCGGAUUUUAACUACGAGUUCGGCAUUCACGCCUGGGACAUUGCGGCUGGCGAUCUGUUGGUGCGCGAAGCGGGCGGUGUCUGUCUCGAUCCGGCCGGUGGACCACUGGAUCUGAUGUCACGGCGGGUGCUGUGUGCCAGUACGCAACAGUUGGCCGAUCAAGUGGUGGCCGAGCUAACCCAGUACUAUCCGCAACCGAGAGAUUAACACUGAUCUGACGUUUUGACGAAUGUAUCUGUACUUAUUCUUCCUUCCAUCUACUGAUGUGCAAUACCCAGUCCACACCCCUCAAUUCCUAUACUAGGCCACAAUCUCUGUUGAGUGCAAUAAAUGGUUAGAAACAUGC